GAGAUGGGUUUAAAGAAUUUUCUCAAGAAAUGAUAAAUAUUGAAGCUAAAAAAAUUAAAUCAAAUUUAACAACUAAAUUGAAUCCUAUUUUUCAAACAGUUGGUGAAAAUUGGCAAUUAAAUGAACAAAUUUUAGCUAUUUCAAAAUUUCCAAAUAUUAGCCAUACAGGAGAUAAUAUUAAAAAAGUUAUUUUUGAACUUUUAAAAAGUUAUAAUCUUAUACCUGAUAGAACAAUAAAAAGAUAUGUUUUUAUUACAGAUUCUGGUGCUAAUUUUCUUACAGCUUUUAAAAAUUAUAAUCAUUUACCAUAUAUUGCUCAUAA